AUGAAGGGCAUUCAUCUGACGGAAGCGACCAGGGCGAGGGCGCGUAGACGUCAAUUGCAGCAAAAGGACGGGGUGGGUGGCAGGCAGCGGAUAGCAGGCGGAGGGCAGCAGCAAAAUCAUAGAUGUGGCGCAGGCGGGCGAGUGUGGCGCAAAUUCUUGGCACUGCGCCUCGCGCUGCCAUGGUUGACUGGCUGA